AGAAUUGUUUAUAUUUUAAUAUCAAAUACUUGCAUGUAUAGCAUUCACAUUAAAACGUGUUCAUUAAGCUUCAAAUUAGAAACAAUUUAUGCAUUCAGAAAUAUGAAAAAAAAAUUAUUUUGAAUAAUUCAAACACCUCAUAGUUAACUAAGUGUGUGUGGAGGGUAUUGGUUUUGCACCCUAUGUUCAAAUUCAGAUUAUUCCUCAUUAGUCGUUUCUAGAGUUGUAAUCAGAUUUUCCGGCUUCUUUCCUAAUAAACGCCGAUUUGAAAUUUGUUGGGAUUUGUUAAACUUUUGUUUUCACGCCAACUCAUAACUUGUAAAAACGUGAGUUGUUUUUUUAUAUCAUGCACCAGCCCGGUAAUAUAACUGAAGAAUUGCCAAGUACAUCUGAAACUGCAAUUGGUGGAGAAGUGAAGAAACCGGAGACACAAACGGAUAAAACUUUUUCACGCUGUCAUUCAAUAGUGCUCACAGAAGACGACUAUAAACAAACAAUUUCUGACUCGUAUCAAAAACGUUUACAAAACCUCCGUAAGGAAUUAAAUUAUAUAAGUGAGACAGACUGGAUGUAUGAAUCUGCAGAUAGGAAGGCACUAUAAUCACCUAGUGAAUACUAAAGAUUUCUUCCAAGUUUUAGACAAAAUUACUUAAGCUAUUCGAAUUAAAAAUGUUGUCAUUUUUUAAAAAUUUAUGGGACUCUAUGGAUGCUGAGAAGCAAAAACGUUUAUUUGCGGUAAAACUAGAAGAGGAGCAGAGACAUUUAGACACGGAAAUUGAAAAAGAAGAAAAUGAAAAAAUCAAAACGGGUGAGAAUUUUAACAUGCAAAAUGUGUUAAGAUCUAUAAACGCUCCCCAAAAUGGUACUUUGUCUAGUAAUGAUGAGGAUAAAUGUUUUCAACGGCUUGGAGUUAUAACAACGUUAAAAAGCAACCAUGGUACUAUUGAUCAUGCAAUAUUUUUUGAUAUCGAUGCGGCAGGAGGAUUGGCAAGUGAACUUAAGGUCGGCUGUCAUGUAAAAUAUUUGGCAUAUCAACAAGUUCAUAGUGACCACAUAAAAGUGGUCCAAAUCAAUGAAGUUUCCGAAUUAUUUUGGGACGAAUCAAUGCCAAGCACAGAGAAGAUUGAGCAACAAAUAGCCGAGUUACGCAAUGAAAAGCCGACGUUCUUCAAUACACAUCAGAGAAAUAUUCUUGGGCUUAUAAUGGAGCGUAAGCCGGGUGCUAUUGUUGUGGACACUGAACACAAAUUGAUGAACAUUAAUUUAGACACAAUAGAAAUAGAUUUUAUACCACAAGCAGGUGAUCGUGUAUUCAUAUGUUGCAACGUACAAAGUGAUGAGCAUUUCGUGAAUCGACAAGGUGAAAUACUGCAAGAGGUGAGUGUACAUCCCGCUCGUUUACUAAAACAAGAAAAAUGUGAAGUGCGACGUUUAAAUACAGAAUGGGGAGUACUAAAUAAUGAUUGCUAUUUUACCUUUGACGUUGUGCCUAACGCUUGUAAGCUAGACGUCGGUGACAUAGUUUUGGCAGAUCUGAUCGAAUGUGAGCGUGAUCCAUACAUUUGGCGUUGUGUUAAAUUAACUCUAUUAGAACGGAAGAUACAACAGGUGGCUACCUCUCCCGCAACAGGUACUCCAUGUAACGGUGAAAGACCUUCGGCGUUGAAUUCAGGAAAAGAAAGCAAUCAUGCAAUCACUGUUUCUGAAGAUGCACGUUGCAUUUUUUCUGCAACCUUUCAGACCAAACGGAUCGAUAUGACCAUUAAGAACAAUGUAGAACGAAAUAUGCGCGUUCUUUCCAUCGAUUUUUUAGGACGCCGACGAGAUUCACAAGUGAAACUUGUUGAUCCGGAGCACGAUAAUACCGCGUUUGAGAUCCCUGCUCACAGUAGUCGUGUAAUAGUUUUCGAAGUAGAAUCGAAAUUUUACGGAGAAUCACGUGAAAUUUUUAUUAUUAAAUUUGAAACAUUCCGCGUGAAGCGCUCCAUUUCGUUAGUGGUUUGUGAGACCGAAGUGGAAGCGGAGGCCGCACGGGCUCAGCCUAAUCAUAGCACAAUCAGUGUCUUAAACGGUAGUGCACAAAAUCUACGACAGCGCUCUCGUUACUACGCCAAUCAGGUGUGGUCAAACAAAGGCGAAGUCAUUCCAGGUGUAGGUUUGGCAACAAAGCGCCGUUUUCUAUCACUUAGGAUCGCCUAUUAUGAGGUGCCCGAACGUUUGCGUAAUGCUUAUUUGACAUCGACGAGCCGUCAAGAAAUGAUAUACAAUGUGGAAAACAUGUUUCCUUGUUUGAAAGAGGAGCUCAACAUAAAGAACUAUACAAUACGAUUCCAAACACUAGUAUUUCUAGAAGAAAUCGAAUAUUUUGUAAAUUUCCGAAAUUAUGAUAGAGAGAGGGCCCAUUUCACACGUGACGGUGAGUUUUUGUCGCUCACUAUAGAAAAUUUAUCUGAACGUCGACCGUCACUCGUUAUCGGUGACACGGUACGCGCUAUAAAUCCAUGGAGUAAUGAUGACGAUAAACGUAGCUAUGAUGGCGUAAUUCAUAAAGUUCUUUUUAAUCGUGUACUGUUAAAAUUUAACGAAGGGUUUCAGUCCAAAUAUAACGGUGAAGAUUUUCGUUUGGAAUUCUAUUAUUCCCGAUUUGCUUUUCGCAAACAACACUUUGCAGUUAACCGUAUAAUAAAACAUGUGGGGGAGCAAUUUCUGUUCCCUUCACGUGUACACACGCGUGAGGAGCCACAACUUCAAAUCGAAUUAAACAGUGACGAUAAUCUUAUGCUGCAACGUACACAUUGUCCAUGGUUUAAUCCGCUGUUGAAUCCAAUACAAAAGCGCGCCAUACGCAAUAUUUUGAGAGGUGAAGCUCAGAAUAUACCUUAUGUAAUAUUUGGGCCACCAGGCACAGGCAAAACCAUGACACUUGUCGAAACCAUGUUACAGCUAAUUAAACUCAUACCCAGUUCACGUUUACUUAUUGGCACUCCCUCGAAUGGAUCAGCGGAUUUGAUAGCAACGCGUCUAAUAGAAAGUAAACAACUACAACCGGGAGAUUUUGUCCGCUUAGUUUCGCAGAAUCAAAUUGAAAAAGAACUAGUGCCGGAACAUCUUAUGCCUUAUUGUGCUACCGUAGAUAUGGCUGCCGAAGGCACUUGUGACGAUUCGAUGAUUGUGACUGAAUCAGGCAUGAAAUUACGUUGCCAAAUGAAAUACCUCGGCCGUCAUCGACUGACUAUCAGCACUUGCACUACACUUGGUAAUUUUCUGCAAAUGGGUUUCCCACCUGGACAUUUUACACAUGUGCUCAUCGAUGAGUCCGGUCAGUGCACUGAACCCGAAGUGAUGGUGCCCAUGUGUUUAGUGUCACAAAAGCGCGGUCAAGUUAUAUUGGCCGGUGAUCCACAUCAGCUGUCAGCGAUAGUAAUUAAUCGGUUUGCAACGGAGCGUGGCUUAUCACUAUCACUACUCGAACGCAUACUAGGUCGUGCACCCUACCUACGCGACGUGAUGCGUUACCCCGACACUUCCGGUUUCGAUCCGCGACUAGUCACCAAAUUACUCUUUAAUUACCGUUCCUUACCGUCCAUACUCAACGUAUACAGCGAGUUGUUCUACGAUUCCGAACUGCGACCAAUGAUCAAUGAAAAAAAUUCACGCGAAGCUGAUAUGUUAAAAAAACUUGAUGUGCUGCUGCCUGUCUCGGAGAAGCGACCUAAGACACAUGGAAUAUUUUUUUAUGGCACUCGCAGCGAAAAUAAACAGGAAUCCGAUUCACCAUCGUGGUUUAAUCCACUAGAAGCGAGAAAUGUGUUUUUGAUGACCAUCAAGCUAUAUCGUCAAGGCAUUCAACCGGAAAAUAUCGGCAUUAUAACACCAUAUAUGAAGCAAGUGAAGCAUUUGCGCACACUUUUUAUCGAAGCUGAUAUUGCUAUGCCGAAAAUCGGUUCCGUAGAAGAGUUCCAGGGCCAGGAACGCGACAUCAUCCUUAUAUCAACAGUGCGCUCCUCACUGCAAUUAAUCGGCAGUGAUUUGCGUCAUGCUCUCGGUUUCGUACAAAGCGCCAAACGCAUGAACGUAGCAAUUUCGCGUGCACGCUACCUGAUGUUCAUUUUUGGCAACCCACAUUUGCUUUAUUUAGAUCAUUGUUGGCGUUCGUGUAUCAAAUAUUGCGUGGACAAUGAGGCUUAUUUGGGUUGUGACCUGCCCGACGACUUUGAUUGUAGGCCCGAACUUAAGAGAGAUGAAACGAUGUUGGAUCAGGAUGUUUCCAAGUAAAAAGUGAUACAGAAAAUUUUUUAAAUCUUUGCAAUUAAAUGGCAAUGAAGUAUUUUUAAUAUAUAAUAUGAGUAAGCUAACCUAAAUGUAGUUUAUCAAGGAGUUGUUCACAUUUUUUAAAUUUAAAAAACUUAGGAUAUUUGUAAAGAUGAUAAAAGGCUUUCUCAUGUUUUGUUGCUUGUAAACUGCACCAAAACUCCAACAAAUAAUUUCCACUAUGUUGCCCUGUUGCAUAUUUUAAAAAAACUUUUCCUUUCCCCAACGUUUAUUCAAAUAUAUUAAAUACUUUAUAAUUUUCAGUGACGAGGAAAAAGUUGAAAAAUACGAUAAUUCGCAAAUGUGGUGCUUUUAAAAGCAGGGUUGUUAUCUGUAUAAUUUUGGCAUCCUGAAAUCCUCGUAUUUUGAUUCUGCAUAUAGUUGUAAUACAGCAGAGAUUAGUGUCUCAUUGCUAAACACGACUAAUUUCAAAUCUGGGAUCCCCCUAAAAUGAAAGGAUCUAUACAGGCACAUGUUGCAUUAAUAGCGGUGCUAAUGCUGCACUCAUUCAAAAAACUACGUUAUGUUGGAUUGUCAAAAAUUGAAAUUGAAAAUUAACCAAUUUAAUUGGACAACCAUCAAGCUUGCAAAACAUCUCUUAAUUCAUAGUUUUCAUCGAAAUUUUUUUUUUUUUUUACAUUAAUCCGUUUUUUUUUUUGCUACUGCAACAAGUUGACUGAAUAACUUCUUCAAAUCGAGGAAUACUUUGAAUUGAAAGCAACUUUCUUGCUAUAUUUUCCUAUUUUUUUGUUUAAAAAAUUUAAACUUUUAAAUAUAAAAUCUUAUAGUUCUUUACAUAAUUCGCAAUGAAUGCUUUUUAUUGUUCUCCUUUGAUCAUAUUUUGUGUUAAUUAUUUAGUAGAUUUUUCAGACAUUUUUAAGUUAUGAGCCAAACUUCCUCUUUCAAGUCUUAAUAUAAAUUUAAGGCUAUUCAUCUUUGAAUCAUAAUUUCAUGAUUUUUCUUUUACUGAUAUCUUGCUUCUUUUUGUUUUUCUCAUGUAACGGCAUCUUAACAAUGGCAAUGUUGUUGUAGUAGUGGCAGAAAACAUUCCUGAAGUAAUUUCGAGGAAUGGUGCUG